GUCAGUCGCCAGGACGGGUCUUCUUCUGAGGUCGGUCCUUGGAGUGAUGACGUCAUGCUAGCUACAACCGCUCAUGGUUAACCAGCUGUGUUGGCACGGGGUUUUUCUCCCCCUUUCGCAGACUUGGGCUGAAACCGAGGCGUCAUGGGCGCGGGAACUCAGGUCAGACUCCUGCUGUGGAAGAACUGGACCGUUCGCAGGAGACAAACGGUGCGUUUCUUCAUGGAGAUCAUGUGGCCCAUUAUUCUGUUCAUGGGACUGGUGUGGCUGCGAAGAGUGAACCCGCUCUACCGUCAACAUGAAUGUCACUUCCCCAACAAGGCCAUGCCCUCAGCGGGGGUGCUGCCAUGGAUCCAAGGGAUCUUCUGCAAUGCCAACAACCCUUGCUUCCAGUACCCCACCCGCGGUGAAUCACCUGGCUUGGUGUCCAACUACAACAACUCAAUAUUGGCUCGAUUUUACUCCGAUGCCCAGGAGCUUCUUUUUGUUGAUCCGAAGCUUCUCCCUCUGGGACGCCUCUGGAGUGAAGUGAGAGCCAUGAGUAACCUGAUGGACACGCUGCGUACCCGCCCUGAACUGAUCUCAGGCCGUGGAGUACAGGUGGAGUCGAUCCUGAAGGACGACGAGACUCUGACAUCCUUCCUUCUGAGGGACGUUCCUCUAAGCGAGGCUGUGGUCAAUGAGCUUGUCAGUGCCCAGAUCAGGCCAGAACAGUUUGUCUUCGGGGUUCCGGACAUCCACUUAAAGGACAUCGCCUGCAGCUUGAACUUUCUAGAACGGUUCCUGAUUUUCCCGAGCCGCAGGGGACUCCACGCCGUCCGCAAUGCCAUGUGCAGCCUCACCCCCCAGCGGCUGCAGAUCAUAGAGGACAAGUUCUACGCCAACGUGGACAUUGUCAAGCUCUUUCGGGUGCUUCCCCGUGUUGUGGACAAUCACUCUGAGGGCAUCAACAUCCACUUCUGGCUGCAGGUGGUGUCCGCUGCCAGCGACAAACUGCAAGAGUUACUCCGGAGAAGCAGCACCCGGGAACUCCUACAGGUGAUGACACCUCUUUUCCAGAGAGAUCUCUCCUUCAGGCAGGUGAUGGCUGCCGCCUCCAGCCUGGUGUGUGGCUACACCGAGGGAGCCUUCUCCCGCGUGGCCUCCUUCAACUGGUACGAGGACAACAACUACAAAGCUUUCCUGGGCAUCAACGGGGCCAGAAGACGUGGCCCCCAUGUUUACGACAACAGCAGCACUGAGUUCUGCACUGAUCUGAUGAGCGAGCUGGAAUCCAACCCUGCCACCAGGAUCGUGUGGAACUCACUGAAGCCCAUGUUGAUGGGCAAGAUCCUCUACGCCCCCGACUCACCUGCCGUCAGAACCAUCAUAACAAAUGCCAACUCGACAUUUGAAGAGCUGCGACGGUUAAAGACCAUGGGGAAGGCCUGGGAAGAAGUGGCUCCCCAGAUCUGGGCUUUCUUCCAAGAUGGAGUCCAGGUCAAAAUGAUACGGAACAUUUUGCAGAACCCGUCAUUGAUGGAUUUCAUUGACCGGAGUCUAGAGGAGGCGCCGUUCUCCGCCAAACACAUCCUCAGCUUCCUGCACAACGGACCACCUGGGGACCGACCAGCCGGUAGGCCAGAUUUUGAUUGGCGGGACAUCUUCAACCUAACUGACCGAGUCAUCGGGAUGCUCAAUCAAUAUGGAGACUGUCUGGUCUUGGAUAAAUUUGUGCCUCUGCCUGACGAAGACGCGCUAACUUAUCGGGCCUUGGACCUGCUGCAGGACGGAAAGUUCUGGGCCGGCCUGGUCUUUGUGAACAUGCACCCUUGGAGCGCCAAAGUCCCGCCUCAUGUCAAGUUCAAGAUCCGUAUGGAUAUCGAUGCUGUGGAGAGGACCAAUAAAGUCAAAGACAGGUAUUGGGACCCCGGCCCUAGGGCAGAUCCUAUGGACGACCUGCGCUAUGUUUGGGGCGGCUUUGCUUACCUUCAGGAUAUCCUGGAACAUGGGAUCAUCCGCACUCAGACUGGGAAGGAAUGGCCGCUGGGUGUUUACCUGCAACAGAUCCCUUACCCGUGUUAUGUGGAUGACCUCUUCAUGCUCACUCUCAACCGCUGCUUCCCGGUCUUCAUGGUCCUGGCCUGGGUCUACUCCGUGUCCAUGGUGGUCAAAAGCAUCGUCCUGGAAAAGGAGCUGCGUCUGAAGGAGACCCUCAAGGUCAUGGGGGUCUCCAACGGCGUCAUCUGGUCCACCUGGUUCAUCGACAGCUUCCUCGUGAUGGGCACCAGCACGGCCCUGCUGACGGCCGUCAUCACGGGAGGAAGGGUACUGAACUACAGCAACCCCCUCAUCCUCUUCCUCUUCCUCCUCGCCUUCACCACGGCCACCAUCAUGCAGUGCUUCCUCCUCAGCGUCUUCUUCAACCACGCCAACCUGGCGGCGGCCUGCUGCGGCAUCAUCUACUUCGCCCUUUACCUGCCGCACCUCUUCUGCUUCGCUUGGCAAGACCGCGUCACCAAGGACAUGAAGAUCCUGGUGAGUUUGCUGUCCCAAGUUGCAUUUGGUUUUGGGACAGAGUACCUGUCACGUUACGAGGAACAAGGUCAGGGUCUGCAGUGGGACAACAUACAGACCAGUCCUCUGGAGGGGGACGAAUUCUCCUUCCUCACCUCAAUCUGCAUGAUGGCUGUGGACACGGUGCUCUAUGCGGUCCUGGCCUGGUACCUGGACAACAUCUUCCCUGGCCAGUAUGGAAUUGGUCGGCCAUUUUACUUCCCUCUCAUGCCAUGUUAUUGGCUCAAUACUGUGGCUCCAGCAACAGACAACAGCCAUAAUAAACAUGAGCUGUCCAAGAAAGGCUUUGAUAACCCAGCAUGCAAGGAGCAAGGAGAAGUGCAGAAAACCCCGGAGAAACCAAAGACUGCUGAGGCAACAAGUGGCCACCAGCAUGAGAAGGAUGGUGCAGGGCCAGAGAAGCAAGAAAAUGACGGCCAGCCGUUCUUCGAGGCGGAACCAGCAGACCUGGUGAAGGGUGUGUGUAUCCAGAACCUAGUCAAGGUGUUCGGCAGUAGCCCCAGACCUGCUGUGAACGGCCUCACUCUCAGCUUCUUUGAGAACCAGAUCACUGCCUUCCUCGGCCACAAUGGCGCUGGCAAAACCACCACCAUGUCCAUCCUGACUGGUAUGUUCCCACCCACGUCAGGCACCGCGACCAUUUACGGGAAAGACAUCCGCACAGAAAUGGACAGCAUUCGCUCGUCUCUUGGAAUGUGCCCUCAGCACAACACCCUGUUUCAAUACAUGACCGUCGCUGAGCACAUCCUCUUCCACUCGCUGCUGAAAGGCCGUCAAAUAGCAGAGGCCGAGCAAGAGGUGGAGAACAUGUUGCAAGACUUGGGUCUACCCCACAAAAGAGAUGAACUGACCCAGAAUCUGUCAGGAGGCAUGCAGAGGAAGUUGUCAGUCGCGCUGGCGUUUGUUGGCGGUGCAAAGGUGGUGAUCCUGGAUGAACCCACAUCAGGGGUGGACCCUUACUCCAGACGCUCCAUCUGGGACCUGCUGCUCAAAUAUCGUACAGGUUGUACAGUCAUCAUGUCCACCCACCACAUGGACGAGGCCGACUUGCUGAGUGACCGAGUGGCCAUCAUCUCUCAGGGGCGCCUCCACUGCUGCGGCUCCCCCAUCUUUCUCAAGAACUGUUUCGGCGCCGGCUUCUACCUCACGCUGGUGCGAAGGAUGAAAUACACCACCCCGAAGAUCGGCGACCCUCGAGCUGAUGGUGACGCCUGUACAGAAACUUGCUCCUGUGUGUGCUCCAAGUGUUUGAAGUUUCAAGCCAACCAGGAGGAAACGCCGACUCCGGACAAACACAUGGACGGUAACAUUGAACGCAUCACCGCCCUGGUGCAUCAUCACGUGCCGCAAGCCCGCCUGAUCGAGGCCAUCGGCCAGGAGAUGACCUACCUGCUCCCCGGUCACGGCUUCCAGCCCCGGGCCUACGCCAGCCUGUUCAGGGAGUUGGAGGAGACCUUGGAGGACAUCGGCCUCAGCAGCUUCGGCGUGUCUGACACGUCGCUGGAAGAGAUUUUCCUCAAAGUCACAGCUGAUGGCCACGCAAGCAACAAGAAAUGCGUUCCAGGGUCAGACGGGCCCCCGCACACCACCGACCCGUGUGAAGGUCCAGAAGGGGGGCGAGGAUCCUACCAGGUCCGAGGUCUUCGUCUGGCCAUCAAACAGUUCUUGGCACUGCUGAUCAAAAGGCUGCAUCACACCGCUCGCUCCUGCAAAGACUUCUUCGCUCAGAUUGUUUUACCAGCCAGUUUUGUUUUCCUGGCGUUGACGUUCACGUUGAUCGUUCCACCGUUCGGGGAGUAUCCAAGUGUCACGCUCAGUCCGUGGAUGUAUGGCAGACAGUACACCUUCUUCAGUAACGAACGUCCGCUGGAUGCUCAGAUGAGACAUUUAGGGGAGGUGUUGUUGGACAAGCCAGGCUUUGGCACACGCUGCAUGGCGGACGAACCACUGGAAGACUUCCCAUGUAACAACAUCACCACAGAGUGGGAGAUGCCCCCGGCUAACCCCUCGGUGAUUGAGACGCUGGCCGACCCCGGGUGGACCUCCCUCAGACCGUCUCCAGACUGCCAGUGCAGCACGGACAGGAAACUCACCAUGCUGCCCACGUGCCGCCAGGGAGCCGGAGGCCUGCCACCCCCGCAGAGGAUCCAGUCGACGGGUGACGUCCUCCUGGAUCUAACGGGCAGGAACAUCUCAGACUACUUGGUGAAAACCUACCCCGGUCUCAUCAAAACCAGCUUGAAGAGCAAAUAUUGGGUGAACGAGCAAAGGUAUGGAGGAAUAUCAAUAGGAGGUCAACUUCCUGUCUUAGAUCUGCAGCCAAAGUUCCUCCAGGAUGCAGCAGUUCAACUGGGACAACUACUCAAUGUCACCGGGGGUGACCACUGCAAAGAAACUCUGAGGGAAAUCGGCCCGUUCCUCAGGUACUUGGAGACCCAGAACAAUGUCAAGGUGUGGUACAACAACAAGGGCUGGCACGCCAUGGUGUCCUUCCUCAACGUGGCGAACAACGCCGUCCUCCGCGCCAACCUGCCCAAAGGCGCCGACCUGGACCAAUACGGAAUAACCGUCAUGAACCAUCCUCUCAAUCUCACCAAAGAGCAGCUGUCUGAGAUCACAGUCUUGAACACGUCGGUGGACGCGGUGGUCGCCAUAUGCGUCGUCUUCGCCAUGUCCUUCGUCCCCGCCAGCUUCGUCCUCUACCUCAUCCAGGAGAGGGUCACCCAGGCCAAGCACCUGCAGUUCGUCAGCGGGGUCAGCCCCCUCGUCUACUGGAUGGCCAACUUCCUCUGGGACAUGCUAAAUUACUCCGUCAGCGCGCUGAUGGUGGUGCAGAUUUUCAUCUUGUUUGAUAAGAAGUGCUACACCUCACCGACUAACCUGCAACCACUCAUUGCACUGCUGAUGCUUUAUGGCUGGUCGGUCACACCCAUGAUGUACCCCAUGUCCUACGUGUUCAGUGUCCCCAGCACAGCCUACGUGUCUCUGUCCUGCAUCAACCUCUUCAUCGGCAUCAACAGCAGCGCCAUCACCUUCAUCCUGGACCUCUUCGAGGGCACCACCGCUUUGUACAAGUUCAACCAGCUGCUGAAGACGGUGUUGCUCAUCUUCCCCCACUACUGCCUGGGCAGGGGCCUCAUAGACAUGGCCAUCAACCAGGCUGUGACCGACAUCUUCACACGCUUCGGUGAGGAUCAUAGUCCAGACCCGUACGACUGGGACUUCAUCGGGAAGAACCUGUUCUGCAUGGCACUGGAGGGGUUCGUCUACUUCCUCCUGAACAUUUUGUGCCAGUACCGCUUCUUCCUGGACCACUGGGUACCAGAUGGUCCGAAGCCCUCUAUUCUGGACGAAGACUUGGACGUGGCUGAGGAAAGAGAGAGAAUAUACAAAAGCAGAAAAACGAAUGACAUUUUACACGUACGAGACCUUUCGAAGAUAUACACAGGAACUAUGACUCCUGCUGUGGAUCAAAUCUGUAUUGGAGUCUCACCAGGAGAGUGUUUUGGUCUCCUUGGGGUGAACGGCGCUGGGAAGACCACCACGUUUAAGAUGUUAACUGGAGACACCGAGGUCACCUCAGGAGAGGCCUCAGUUACCGGCCACAGCAUUUUGACCAACAUCCUGGACGUCCACCAAAACAUGGGCUACUGCCCGCAGUUCGACGCCAUCGAUGAACUGCUGACUGGAAGAGAACACCUUCACCUCUACGCUCGCCUCCGCGGGGUGCCAGAGGUGGAGAUCAGCAGGAUUGCGGAGUGGGCCAUCCAGAAGCUGGGUCUGUCCGAGUACGCGGGCCAAAGCGCCGGCACCUACAGCGGAGGGAACCGCAGGAAACUGUCGACAGCUAUCGCUAUGAUCGGCUGUCCCGCUCUGGUCCUGCUGGAUGAACCCACAACAGGCAUGGACCCGCUGUCCAGGCGCUUCCUCUGGAGCUCCAUCGUGAGCGUGAUCCAGGAGAAAAGAGCUGUCGUCCUCACCUCGCACAGCAUGGAGGAAUGUGAGGCGCUCUGCACGCGUUUGGCCAUCAUGGUGAACGGGUCCUUCAAGUGUCUCGGAACCAUUCAGCAACUCAAAUACAAAUUUGGUGAUGGCUACGUGGUGACCAUGAAGAUCAGGGCCUCCAAGGCCGGUUGCGCCCCCGAUCUGAACCCGGCCGAAGCCUUCAUGGAGAGCACCUUCCCCGGCUGCGUCCAGAGGGAAAAACACUACAACACCCUGCAGUACAAGAUCGCCUCCUCCUCCCUGGCAAGGAUCUUCCAGAUGGUCCUGGCCAACAAAGACCAGCUCAACAUCGAGGACUACUCGGUGUCACAGACCACUCUCGAUCAAGUCUUUGUGAAUUUUGCCAAACAACAAUCAAGAGAAGACGAGGCCAUAGUUCUGCAUCCAAAAGCUGCCGGGGCACAGCAAGGUGGUCAGGGCACCCCCGUGAAGAGACUCAGGAAGUAAAGAAGCUUUAUUUACUUUGGGAGGCGAUUGUACUUGACGGACGUAGCUUUUGGGAUUUGGAGCACAAUCCUUUUUUGUAGGCAGAACCACCAAGCACGUUACAAGAAGGUGGAAGAAGACAACGUGGUAAUGGCGUACAUUUCGAACAAAGUUUCAUUGAUGCACAUCACUUGUUUACAUUCAACAUUAAUUAUGUCCGUGUAGAACCUCAGUCAUCCUGGUCAUGGUAGUCCGCAAAGGUUCAAUCGAGGCAACUGGAGUCCGUUUCUCCUUAUUUCAGCCGUGUAAAAUGUCCGCGGAAACCGGCGUUUUUAAACAUUAAUUUCCUCACGUUUUACCAACAUAUUGUAGCGUUUAGAAAUGUGGUUCUUAAACUGUUGGACAAGGAGUCUAAGGAGAAGUGUCCAAAGAUGGGGCUAACUUCGUGUUCUUAUCAGGCAAUCCAGCAGAAUCUAUACAUACCAUACCAUACCAUACCAACUUUAUUUAUAAAGCCCUUUAAAAACAACCACAGUUGAAAAACAAAGGGCUGUACACCACAAAGAAAUAAAGGCAAACGACAGACUAAAAAAUUAAAUUUAAAACAGAAGUAAAAUACACAUUAAAAAAGCAAAUACAAAAUUACCCUAAGAACAAUUUUGUUGGAUAAAAAGCAGUUAAAAAAGUUAAAAGUUAAAAACAGUUUAAAGUCUCAUGCUGGGUUAAAAGCCAGUGAAUAAAAAUGGGUUUUAAGAAGGGUCUUAAAAAUAGCCAAAGAAGGGGCCUGUCUCACAUGAAGUGGAAGAUCAUUCCAGAGUUUUGGGCCCGCAACAGAGAAGGCUCUGUCCCCCCUGAGCUUACGCUUGGAUUUGGGUACCUCCAGGAUCAGCUGAUCAGCUGACCUGAGGGACCGGGUGGGGGCAUAGAGGUGGAGCAGCUCAGAGAGGUAAGGUGGGGCAAGACCAUGUAAGGAUUUAAAAACAAGUAAGAUCAUUUUAAAAUGGACUCUAAAAGACACAGGCAGCCAGUGGAGGGAGGCUAAAACAGGAGUAAUGUGCUCUCUUUUUCUUGUGUUUGUUAAAAGUCAGGCAGCUGCAUUUUGGACCAGCUGCAGACGUGAGAGGGAGGACUGACUAAUUCCAAAAUAUAAAGCGUUACAGUAAUCCAGCCGAGAUGUAAUAAAGGCAUGGAUUACUGUCUCAAACUGUUGCCUAGAAAGAAGGUUUUUAACCUUAGCCAGCUGACGUAAAUACAUACAUCCGUGGCUUCUUAGCGUAACACACAACGCUGGAAAUGUGUCGCUUGAAAACCCGUCCGACCGGAACUCUAGCAAUAAGAAAAGUUCCGUGGGUGAAUAAUGUCCAUCCAUCCAUCCAUCUUCUUCCGCUUAUCCGAGGUCUAAGCAGGGAAGCCCAGACUUUCCUCUCCCCAGCCACUUCGUCCAGCUCUUCCCGGGGGAUCCCGAGGCGUUCCCAGGCCAGCCGGGAGACAUAGUCUUCCCAACGUGUCCUGGGUCUUCCCCGUGGCCUCCUACCGGUCAGACGUGCCCGGUCGGACGUGCCCGAAACGCCAGAUGACAGAGCUUCUCACCCUAUCUCUAAGAGAGAGAUCCGCCACCCGGCGGAGGAAACUCAUUUCGGCCGCUUGUACCCGUGAUCUUGUCCUUUCGGUCAUAACCCAAAGCUCAUGACCAUAGGUGAAGAUGGGAACGUAGAUCGACCGGUAAAUUGAGAGCUUUGCCUUCCGGCUCAGCUCCUUCUUCACCACAACGGACCGAUACAGCGUCCGCAUUACUGAAGACGCCGCACCGAUCCGCCUGUCGAUCUCACCAUCCACUCUUCCCUCGCUUGUGAACAAGACUCCGAGGUACUUGAACUCCUCCACUUGGGGCAGGGUGUCCUCCCCAUUCCACCCUUUUCCGGGCGAGAACCAUGGACUCGGACUUGGAGGUGAAUAAUGUAAUCCCACUAAAACAGGGGUACCCAUUACGUCGAUCGCGAGCUACUAGUCGAUGGUGGAGGGUGUGUCAGUGGACCGCCAGCCAGGCAUUGAAAGUUGCCUCGAUUCAACCUGGGUGCAAUAAUGAAAAUCUGAAAUUAAGGCCAAAAGUGCUUACUUUUGACCGGAAGGACCUUUUUUGUUCCUUGGCUUUUUUAUGUUAAGCCAAUUUGCUUGUCUCAUAAUAUGCAUUCUAUAAUCUGAGCUAUAUUACAAAACUCAAAACCAGUGAAGUUGUCACGUUGUGUAAAUGGUAAAUAAAAACAGAAUACAAUGAUUUGCAAAUCCUUUUCAACUUAUAUUCAAUUGAAUAGACUGCAAAGACAAGAUAUUUCAUGUUCACACUGAGAAAGUUAAUUUUUUUUGGCAAAUAAUCAUUAACUUGGAAUUUAAUGGCAGCAACACGUUGCAAAAAAGUUGUCACAGGGGCAUUUUUACCACUGUGUUACAUGGCCUUUCCUUUUAACAACACUCAGUAAACGCCUGGGAACUGAGGAGACACAUUUUUGGAGUUCUUCAGGUGGAAUUAUUUCCCAUUCUUGCUUGAUGUACAGCUUAAGUUGUUCCGGAUGGUUCUUUUCCUCUUUGGUCCAGAGGACACGACGUCCACAGUUUCCAAGAACAAUAUGAAAUGUGGACUCGUCAGACCACAGAACACUUUUCCGCUUUGCAUUAAUCCAUCUUCGAUGAGCUCAGGCCCAAUGAAGCCGGCGGCGUUUCUGGGUGUUGUUGAUAAAUGGCUUUCACUUUGCAUAGUAGAGUUUUAAAGGCCUACUGAAAUGAAUUUUUUUUAUUUAAACGGGGAUAGCAGAUCCAUUCUAUGUGUCAUACUUGAUCAUUUCGCGAUAUUGCCAUAUUUUUGCUGAAAGGAUUUAGUAGAGAACAACGACGAUAAAGUUCGCAACUUUUGGUCACUGAUAAAUAAAAAAAAGCCUUGCCCCUACCGGAAGUAGCGUGACGACACCGGAGGAAGGGCUGCUCACAUUUUCCUAUUGUUUACACCAGCAGCGAGAGAGAUUCGGACCGAGAAAGCGACAAUUACCCCAUUAUUUUGAGCGAGGAUGAAAGAUUCGUGGAUGAGGAACGUGAGAGUGAAGGACUAGCGUGAAGUGUAGAACGUAUCUUUUUUCGCUCUGACCGUAACUUAGGUACAAGGGCUCAUUGGAUUCCACACUCUCUCCUUUUUCUAUUGUGGAUCACGGAUUUGUAUUUUAAACCACCUCGGAUACUAUAUCCUCUUGAAAAUGAGAGUCGAGAACGCGAAAUGGACAUUCACAGUGACUUUUAUCUCCACGACAAUACAUCGGCGAAGCACUUUAGCUACUGAGCUAACGUGAUAGCAUCUGGCUCAAAUGCAUAUAAAAACAAAACAAAUAAGUCCCUGACUGGAAGGAUAGACAGAAGAUCAACAAUACUACCAAACUCUGGACAUGUAACUACACGGUUAAUGUUUUCCAGCUUGGCGAAGCUUAGCAAUGCUGUUGCUAACGACGCCAUUGAAGCUAACUUAGCUACGGAACCUCGACAGAGCUAUGCUAAAAACAUUAGCUCUGCACCUACGCCAGCUCUCAUCUGCUCAUCACGACCCGUGCUCACUUGCGUUCCAUCGAUCGACGGUACGACGAAGGACUUCACCCGAUCACCGAUGCGGUUUGCGGCCCGGAGACGGAGGAAGUCAAGGUGAGGUCGUUCGGCUAGCGCUUCUGCUAUCCUCAAAGUCCUCCUGGUUGUGUUGCUGCAGCCAGCCGCUAAUACACCGCUUCCCACCUACAACUUUCUUCUUUGCAGUCUCCAUUGUUCAUUAAACAAAUUCCAAAAGAUUCACCAACACAGAUGUCCAGUAUACUGUGGAAUUUUGCGAUGAAAACAGAGCUUUUUGCAUUGGAUUCAAUGGGGUACCAAUACUUCCGCUUCAACGGUUGACGUCACGCGCAAACGUCAUCAUAUCGAAACGUUUUCAGCCGGAAGUUUGCCGGGAAAUUUAUAAUGUCACUUUAUAAGUUAACCCGGCCGUAUUGGCAUGUGUUGCAAUGUUAAGAUUUCAUCAUUGAUAUAUAAACUAUCAGACUGCGUGGUCGCUAGUAGUGGCUUUCAGUAGGCCUUUAACUUGCACUUACAGACGUAGCGAUGAACUGUAGUUACUGACAGUGGUUUUCUGAAGUGUUCCUGAGCCCAUGUGGUGAUAUCCUUUACACACUGAUGUCGCUUCUUGACGCGGUACCGCCUGAGGGAUCGAAGGUCCGUAAUAUCAUCGCUUACGUGCAGCGAUUUCUCCAGAUUCUCUGAAGAUGGUGAAAUCCCGAAAUUCCUUGCAAUAGCUGGUUGAGAAAUGUUGUUCUUAAACUGUUGGACUAUUUGCUCAGGCAUUUGUUGACAAAGUGGUGACCCUCGCUUUUCGCUGCUUUUCAUACCCAAUCAUGGCACCCACCUGUUCCCAAUUAGCCUGUUCACCUGUGGGAUGUUCCAAAUAAGUGUUUGAUGAGCAUUCCUCCACUUUCUCACUCUUUUUUGCCGCUUUUGAGAAAAAUGUUGCAGACAUCAAAUUCCAAAUGAGCUAAUAUUUGCAAAAAAUAACAACGUUUUCCAGUUUGAAUGUUAAAUAUCUUGUGUUUGCAGUCUAUUCAAUUGAAUAUAAGUUGAAAAGGAUUUGCAAAUCAUUGUAUUCUGUUUUUAUUUACCAUUUACACAACGUGACAACUUCACUGCUUUUGGGUUUUGUACUUAAAAUAAGAUAAUCUGUCUGUUUUUUUUUGUCAUAGAUACUUUUGACCUCGAUUUUGGUGCCGAACUCGAUUAUAAAACACAUUUUAACCCUUCGAAUGGCACCUUAACUAUGAACAAGUGGAAAAACUCUGCAUUUUUCAACGACUGUCUUUGUAGCAAUGACGUGCCUGCAGGCCUCGCCAGCCCCAGACUGUAGGACCAGGACCAAGGCGGGUCAGUAAGUGGGAAUUACAUUUACUUCAGAUGCCAAGCUUUUUUUUUUGUUUGCCUUCUUUAGUUACACGAACGAAGCACGUGGAACAUAAUUUAGUCUUAGCACUUUAUGCAGAAAUAAUCAACCCUUUUUUUUUUAUAUAUAUAAAACAUUGGCAGCUUGCAAAAGCUAAUUGUUGUUGUUCAGUGCAUUUCAACACUUUUCGAUAUCAGCCUCAUCUCUUCAGUAUUUGCGCUUUGUCAGACAUGAAUGUAAUGUUCCUGGAGCUAACAACCACACAAAUAAAGAUAUUUUCCCGAUGA